UCUCUUUCCAUUUCUCUCUUAAAAAAAAAAACAAACAAGAAAAGAAAUCAGAGUGACAAAAAGAUGUGUGGAGGUGCCAUAAUCUCCGACUAUGAACCCGUCGGGAACCGCUGCCGGAAAAUCACUGCUCGUGACCUAUGGGCUGAGCUUGACCCUAUCUCCGACUUCUGGUCGUCCUCCUCCUCCUCCUCCAUUGCCGGCAAAGCCGACUCCGCUCAGUCGCCGACUCACUCCUACAAUAAGCUUAAGAAAUCAGAUUCCGGCAAACUUAAUCAACUCGAAAAAGGUACGAGUAUGAAGGUUGAGAAGGAGAGAAGUGGCCCAAGGCCAAGGAAGAACAAAUACAGAGGAAUAAGGCAGAGACCAUGGGGAAAAUGGGCUGCUGAGAUACGUGAUCCUCAGAAGGGCGUCCGUGUGUGGUUAGGUACAUUCAACACGGCUGAAGAAGCUGCCAGGGCAUAUGAUGAGGCUGCAAAGCGAAUCCGUGGUGACAAGGCUAAGCUCAACUUUCCAGAGCCACCUUCCACCCCUUCGCCACCAGCCAAGCGACAAUGCACUAGCACCAUCCCUGAUCAGCCCACACUCUUAGAGAGUUCUGACUUAAUGUCUGAGAAACCAGCCUCAAUGAUGAACUUCGGAUAUGAAAACCAAACACCCUACUACCCCAUGGAAAUGGCCGCUGCUGAGGAUCCUCAACAUCAUGAUUAUGAGCUCAAUGAGCAGAUUUCCAACUUGGAGUCAUUCCUGGAUUUGGAGCCAGACUCAUCUCAGUUCUCAGGGAUCGUCGAUUCUGACCCCCUUAAUAUUUGUCUGAUGGAUGACUUUGCUGCAACUCAGCAGCAGGAGCAGCUGUUCUACUGAACAGAGUAAAAAUUAUCAGAUACUAGUUACUUUCAUCCUAAGUUGUUUGGUGUGUAUUCUCUGAUGAGUGGCUAGUUAGCUUUUGGUAGUACGUAGUACAAUGCAGAAAGUACAUACAAUAAUAUGUUGCGUGCCUUUGCAUGCAAUUGUAAUAUUAAUGUCAUGUUGUCUCGUGCUCGUGCUGUUUGAAGGGGAGCCUUAGCCUUGGCGUAACUGGUAAAGUUGCUGUCAUGUGACCAGGUCACGGGUUCGAGCCAUAGAAACAAUUUUUCUUGUAGAAAUGCAAGGUAAAGCUGAGUACAAUAAAUCCUUGUGAUCCGGCCCUUCUCCGGACCCCACACAUGACGGCAGCUUAGCGCAUCGAGCUGACUUUGUCUCGUGCUUUUUAUGGUUUCUAAAUCUUGGGUUAAGCUUAUGAUGUUUGGUGCAUGCAUUUUGAUCUCUACUUUUGGACAUUAAAAAAGGUUUAUGAGCAUUAUGUUGUAUUUAA